AUGACAUCUUUACGAGAUGUAAUCUCAAACGUUCAACCUACCCAACUGAUAAAUCACAUUCCCGGAAGCGCAUACUACACUUUUAAAGUAGGGUUGUUCUCAAGGCCUCGCAGAAAAUUUUUAGGUUCUUUUAGCUACCGCCGCCCUUACAAAAGGCGUACCAAAGUCGUUUGCUCUGCCAAGUCAAGGAUUGGAAUUUAAACAAUACGCCAAAGACCACCCGAAACUCGAAUGGGUGCAAAAAAGCAAUGCGCAUAGGGAGAUUCGGGUGUUGACCGCGGACAACGUCAAUCUUCUUCAAGAGGAGAGUUUCGUACAGCAAUACAUCAACAAUCCGCUGCUUAUUGAUGGGAAGUAAGGAGAAGUCGGCAUUAACAAAAAUUUUUCUCCAGGAAAUUCGAUAUUGGUAUCUAUACCGUCGUUACGUCCCUCUCACCGUUACGUGUUUACAUCUAUGAGAAUGAAAUUCUGCUUCGGUUCUGCUCCAAAUCUUAUCACCCUUUUGAUCCCGUUGAUUUGGAUAAAUACGUUGUUGGAGACGAUUACACACCGUUUUGGGAGGUAACGAUUUUAGAAUAAUUCUGCGUUUUUCAACUUGGAGACUCCGGGAUGAGAUUUGAUAUCCCAAAAUUCAUUUUUUACAAAACUGUAUUUUCUCGUUUUUGAAGGCUUCCGUUUUAAGCUUAUGAUUUAGAUGAAAUUUUCAGAUGCCAACCUUUCGAUCGGCCUAUAAUCAUCAAAAACUCUCCUUUAAAUCCGCAUUUGCCCAAUAUCUGCAAACAAAAAACAAGUCGAUCGAUUACGUCAUGAAGCAGAUUCGUGAAACCAUUCAACAAGUAUUUGAAAAGUUGAAUCAUAAGAUGAGGGCCCAGUUGUCCGACCACAACUAUCCGCAAGUAUUUUUCGAACUCAGCAGGUUUGACUUCUUAGUUGACGAGGAUCUCAACGUGUUCUUGAUGGAAGCAAACAUGUCGCCAAACUUGAGUUCACAGCAUUUCAAACCGAAUGCAUUGUUGUACGAGCAGUUAUUGGUAAACAUUUUCUCAUUGUUAGGAAUUACUCAAAACUACCGCUUCGAUGGGGCGUAAGUUUAGUUUUUAGCUUUUGAGAGAUGCAGUUUUUUUUCCAAUUUUCUAGACCACGGAUUAGUAUUUCGGACGCAUUUCGAUUUGCAAAACUCUAAAUGCUGCUUUAUGAUCUAUAUAUCUGCAAAGUCGUCCAGUGGUUCAGCAAAGUGUUAGACUGGUCCAAGUUUCCCAGUCAUUCUGAGAACCAUAUUUUUACUAGUGCUUUUCUUUGACAAACCGGACAAACACUACUAACAAUAAGUAUUUGCAGUUGGUCAGAUGCGUUCCGCUAUGUCGAGAUUCCUGAGCGUUCUCUGCACGUGCCAUUAGAGAUAUGCAAAACUCGUUGUGGUUCUUGCCCAAGCGAGGUCGUAGAAUGCUCGUUGUGCGCCUACUGUAUGCCAGAAAGCCUAAAGCUGCAUUUAAGCAAUGCAUACGUUGAGCAUUUGGGACGACGAGAAAUGCGAAGGGUUGUCCCAAAGCUUGACAGUUCCGAGACCGAGUUGACUUCGUACGACUGGCUGCAGAAACGAUGGUUCCAACUUAAAUGCAAAGAGGACGUCUCCUUCUGUUAG